UUUCGGGGGUGUUCCGUCUCUUUCCUCUCGCGCAAGAAAGCAGAAAUCCUCAAAGGUACCUCUUCACGCACACUCGCCAUUGUUAACACUUCCCCACUUCAAGGUCGUCUUCCCGCAAUCGCUUUCGCUGAUUUCUCCGCUCAGGUCUGACAAUGAAGCUCGAUACAAGCGGCCUCGAGUCAGCUUAUCCGGUUCUUAGAGGAGUUGGCGACCUCGAUGAUGCCAUCCAGGGUGCGCCGGCAUUUGAACUUCCCAAUGCUUCUGAUUUCGAUGGCUUUGUAAAAGAAGCUAUGGCGGAGCUGAAGCCUGCCAAGGGUACGACAACACUCGCUUUCAUCUUCAAAGAGGGAGUUAUGGUCGCUGCCGAUUCCAGGGCUAGCAUGGGAGCCUAUAUCUCGUCACAAACGGUGAAGAAGAUCAUCGAGAUCAAUCCUUACAUGCUUGGUACCAUGGCUGGUGGUGCUGCUGACUGCCAAUUCUGGCACAGGAAUCUUGGUAUUAAGUGUCGGCUGCAUGAAUUGGCCAACAAAAGGAGGAUUUCAGUUACAGGAGCAUCGAAGCUGCUAGCUAACAUCUUAUACUCUUAUCGAGGCAUGGGUCUAUCUGUUGGGACCAUGAUUGCUGGAUGGGAUGAGACGGGUCCAGCACUCUACUAUGUAGAUAGUGAAGGAGGAAGGCUGAAAGGGAACAGAUUUUCUGUUGGGUCUGGGUCGCCAUAUGCUUAUGGGGUUCUGGACAGUGGGUACCGUUAUGAUAUGUCGGUCGAAGAAGCUGCGGAGCUGGCAAGAAGAGCCAUUUACCAUGCCACCUACAGGGAUGGGGCUAGCGGUGGAGUUGCCAGCGUCUACCAUGUUGGGCCCAACGGGUGGAAGAAGCUUUCAGGGGAUGAUGUCGGUGAGCUCCACUACAAGUACUAUCCCGUAACGCCGAGCACAGUGGAACAAGAAAUGGCCGAAGUAGCUGGACCUUGAGAGGGCGUAUUGUUCCCGCUGCUCCCAGCACCCUCUUGGGCACAAUCUUUUGGAUGUUCCUAGCCAUGUAAUUUCAACUUCGUACAGAAAGCUCCUUUCCUAGAAACCGUCCCCCAAGUUUAUGAAUCUGCACUUUUAUGUGUGAUUUUACUAUUAAACCAAGGCUGGGAUGUUGGCUGAUAUGGGUGUUAAGUCAAUUCUUGUGGGCAGUCAGGAAGAGAGUGUUCAAUCCGAAAGCAUAUCGUUAUUUAUUGGAGAAA